AUGUUUUUCAAUCAUCUCUUGUUAUCUCUUGUAGAAGAGGCUCAGCAGGAAGGCAAAGGAGUGCUGAUCCACUGCCAGGCUGGGGUCUCUCGAUCUGCAACUGUGGUCAUCGCCUACUUAAUGAAGCACACUCUGAUGACUGUGGGAGAUGCAUACAAGUUUGUGAAGGGGAAGCGCCCAAUCAUAUCUCCUAACCUAAAUUUUAUGGGGCAGCUUUUGGAGUUUGAAUCUGAUCUGAAUGCUGGAAUUACCCCAAGAAUUCUGGUCCCCAGGCUACGUGGUGUUGAGAGCGAUGUGUGA